GUGAAGACCUGGACGAAAAGUCUCAGGCAAGAGUCCCCUGCGGGAGUUUUUGCCAAAGACUUCCUCUUCGUCCCGGCCCAUGAUCCCGUGACUGGGCACUGGUGGUUGGCCCUUGUUGUGCAUCCGUGGGCGGCAGGUAAACCCCAAGCUGGCGUCAUGGACGUCCCGACCUUCACGCCCGGACACCACGAGACUUUCGUGGCUAUCCUCGACUCCAUCGACCCCGUCCCAAGGCUCCCGGAAUCAUCGGUCAUGAAUCCUGAGGAUGCAGAGGUGGCAGCUCAGGCGAUCGUAGCCGCGGGACCCCGCCACGCCGAUGCUGUGAAGCAUCUCCAGGAGUACUUGAAGAAAGAGUGGGAAGACUGCUUCCACGGUGCUGCCGGUUAUGACGCCAGCAAGAUCCAGAGCAUGUCCAUCGCCGUACCGCAGCAGACCAACGAGACGGACUGUGGCGUCUAUGUCCUGGAGUUUGCACGCCGCAUGUUGGAAGACCCGAACAUCCUGGAUUUCAUCGUGGAGUACAAGGCGUCACCGCCGCAGCUCUCUGCCCCCACAUCCGGGCAAUUGCGCUCCAAGUGGCGACGGGUUGGGGCCAAGCUCGAGAAGGAUGCGCAAGGCACGCGGCGGGCUGUCGCCACGCCGGCGAGGGCGGCGGCUCCUUACGGUGCAGCUGGCGGAGAGGAGCCCGUGCGUACAGGCUCUGACGAUGAGCCCGUGACAGUCGUGUCGCAUCGGACCGAGAAGUUGGUUCCUCGAGCUUAUGAAUGGUCCUGA